AUGACGACUAAGACCAUUCAUGGGAACUCGCAAUUCCAGAAGCCCUCCUCUCUACGCUGGACGUGGGAGUCACCCGGUGGAGGGUACCGUAAUGAAAUAGACCACAUCAUCGUCAAUAAAAGGUUCUGCCUGACGGACGUCGGUGUUGUACCAAAGCUCUAUACGGGAUCGGACCAUCGCCUCCUCCGAGGAAGAUUUUCCUUCACAAGGAGAGCAGAGAAAGCCGCCAAGUUCAGAGAGAGAAUUCCCAGGACUAUCAUCAACUGGGAUCUUUUCGCUACGCUAGCCGGGUUUUGGGAAGAUUCCGCAAUGGACAACAUCGACGAGGAAUAUGACCGGCUUGUCGAACACCUUCACGACUGCGCGAAGAAGGCUGAGAGUUUUAAAACCACCAAGAGGCGCCUGUCUCUUGAAACUCUUGAGCUGAUACGCCAUCGUGGAGCAGCACCAGCCGCAGGGAACCAAGAACUCACGUCCGAGCUCGCAAUGCUUUGCAGAGAGGCGAUAAAGGAAGACUCUAAAGAGAGAAGAGCAGAAGUGCUGGCUGAAGCUGCAGAGGCGGGAAAAGCAUCCGUUAUGCCCGUCGAGACUUCGCCAGUCGCAAGACGAGGAUGGCUGCUCUCCGGAACCCAGAGGGAACAGCCACUGCAUCGAGAAGGGGGAUGGAGAAAAUCAUCUACGACUUCUACUCUGAUCUCUUCAACAGCCAUGUCCACUUACCUCCUCACCAUCUGA